AUGGAGGUAAACCUUAAGAAAACGAAAGUAAUGAUUUUACAAAAACAUAAAUCCAAACUAACAAACGCGAACUUUUUCAUAGGAAAUAAUCCGAUUACUAUUACUAAUGAAUAUACCUAUCUCGGUUUAAAAUUAACACCUAAUACAAAAUUUACUGUUGCAAACCAACAGCUUAGUGAAAAAGCAAUGCAUGCCCUAUAUAAAAUACGCAAACACAUCGAUUUUCACUUCCUACCCCCAGAAAUAGCUGGUAAAAUUUUCGACGGUGUGAUCUCACCCAUAUUAUUAUACAACUCAGAG